CCUUUGAAGCGGCCUCACAUUGUAAAGUUUGCGCAUACGCUGUGAUCAGUUGUCCAAUCACGCGUUAUCAUUGUAAGUGUUGUCACAAAGCAACGUGACAAAGGAAUAACACUAUAUAAGCUUUCAUGUCUCAGAUUGGGGAAGUUGGUGCCCAAUACUGACUUUGUUUUCCUCUGCUUCGAUCAACUUCACUGCACGUUAGCAAUGGCCAACCACGGAACGCCAAAUACCGACCUGCUCGGCGGUUUUUCACCGUUAAAAUCAAUGCAUAUGAAGCUCAUGAACUUUCACUAUUCCGCCAUCGCCGACAAAGACCAUUACCACAACGAGUUUCACAUUUCCACACUCAAGAACAUCAAGCUGAGGAACCUGCUGAGGUUGCAAAAGGCUGAACUGAAAAAGAACAGUGAGGUCCUUGCAGAACAAGUGGAGGAAAUCGCUAGCCUGAAAGAAAGCCUUCAAGCCCAGCAGGCAGAAGUUCAGCAGAGCAAGUUGAAGGUCAAGAAGCAGCAAGCUCAAAUGUUGUCCCUGGAACAAAGUGUUCAGGAGCAACUCGCUGAGCUCCAGCAGAGUCAGAAGAAAGUGCAAAUGCAGAAAUCUCACAUCUGCUCUCUGGAACGAGCUCUGCUGGAGCAGCAAGAAGCGCUCCAGCAAAGCGAACAGAAUGUCCAUGAGCACGAGUCCGAGAUGGCUUUACUACAGCAGAACGUGCAGCAACAGUCAGCACAGCUGGAGCAGAGCGAGCAGAAGGUGGAGGAGCUGGAAGAGAAGAUUCAAGGGUACAUCGAGUCGGCCGAGCAGGACAAAUGCAACCAGAAGAUGAAAGAGGACAAGCUGAUGGAAGACCUGCAAGCGAACCAAGCCAGGCUGAGAGCGCUGGACGAGCAGCGUAACAAGAAGAAUGAUCACUUCUGGUCGGGCAUUUGGAGCCGAAGGAAAUCAUCUGAGAAGCAAGAAAAAGAUGGCAGGAGAAAAGUGGAGAGUGAGAAGGCUGACAGGAAGGAAGUAAACAUGAAGCUGAAGUGUGACGAAGAGAUGACAAAGGAACAAAGGUUGGAGAAGAAUAAGAAAGAAACUCACAAACAGCAGCAACGUAAAGUCGCUUUUAACCUUUGAGUUUUGCUGCUGACCUCUGUUCUGUACUUUGUCAUUUUAAUAAAGAAUUAAG